CCUCCCCAAAGGUCAGCAGUCUUCGGUCAUCUCCUGCACUGUGUCCGCAGUCUCCGGUCAUCCCCUGCACUGUGUCCGCAGUCUCCGGUCAUCCCCUGCACUGUGUCCGCAGUCUCCGGUCAUCCCCUGCACUGUGUCCGCAGUCUCCGGUCAUCCCCUGCACUGUGUCCGCAGUCUCCGGUCAUCCCCUGCACUGUGUCCGCAGUCUCCGGUCAUCCCCUGCACUGUGUCCGCAGUCUCCGGUCAUCCCCUGCACUGUGUCCGCAGUCUCCGGUCAUCUCCUGCACUGUGUCCGCAGUCUCCGGUCAUCCCCUGCACUGUGUCCGCAGUCUCCGGUCAUCCCCUGCACUGUGUCCGCAGUCUCCGGUCAUCCCCUGCACUGUGUCCGCAGUCUCCGGUCAUCUCCUGCACUGUGUCCGCAGUCUCCGGUCAUCUCCUGCACUGUGUCCGCAGUCUCCGGUCAUCUCCUGUACUGUGUCCGCAGUCUCUGGUCAUCUCCUUUACUGUCUGCAGUCUCUGGUCAUUUGUACUAUGUCCCUGGUAUUUUCCCUGUACUAUGUCCGCAGUCUCUGGUCAUCU